AUGCAGAAACUAUAUCCGGAGAGUGCGAUCAACGUGAGCAGUGGCAGCAUGGUGGCGGUCGGCGGCAACAUGAGCCCGAUGGCGUCCACGUACAGCAGCAUGAACCCGAUGGCGGGGAUGGCGGUCGGCGGCAUGACAUCCGUGUCGCCCCAGAGCGCCGGCUUCGGAGCGUCCGUCCUGGGCAGCCCGGGCAUGGGCGGGAUGGGGGCGGCCAUGAACAGUAUGUCCGGGAACUGCCUGACGUCGACGCCGAUCGGGUACAGCUCGAUGGGUUCGCCGAUCAGCAACAUGGGCUCGUGUAUGGGCGGCAACGGCAUGAGCUCGAUGGCGGCCAUGUCGGCCGGGUACUCGAGCGUGGCCGGCAGCCGCGAGGUCCUGGGCGAUCCCGGCUCCCCGAACUCGGCCGCCCUGCAGCGGGCACGGACGGAGAAGCCGGCGGCCACGUACCGGCGGAACUAUACGCACGCGAAGCCCCCCUACUCGUACAUCUCGCUCAUCACGAUGGCGAUCCAGAACAACCCGCACAAGAUGCUGACGCUGGCCGAGAUCUACCAGUUCAUCAUGGACCUGUUCCCGUUCUACCGGCAGAACCAGCAGCGGUGGCAGAACUCGAUCCGCCACUCGCUCAGCUUCAACGACUGCUUCGUGAAGGUGCCCCGCACGCCCGACAAGCCCGGCAAGGGCUCGUUCUGGACGCUCCACCCGGACUCGGGCAACAUGUUCGAGAACGGGUGCUACCUGCGGCGCCAGAAGCGGUUCAAGGACGAGAAGAAGGAGGUGCUCCGGUCGCUCCACAAGAGUCCGGCGCACGGCGGCAGUCUCGAUGCGGUCAACAGCCCGGACAAGAAGGAUCCGAACGAGGAUCACCAUCACAGUCACCACCACAGUCACCAUCAUCACCGGGGUGCCGGGGAGCACGUGAAGCUGGGCACUGGCGACACCCAUGGGGGCGGUGGAGGUGGCGGUGGCGGCAUGCUGAACAGUGGUGGCGGGCACCACCAUGGCAAGGAUGCGGACGCGUUGGCGAUGUUGCACGCGACGGCGGAUCUGUGCCUGGCGCAGCAGGCUCAGCACACGCAGCACGGAGGGCCGACGCACCACCACCCGACGCACCACCACCACCACCACCACCACGCGGCCCACCAGCAGCUGCAGCAGGAGGAGCUGACGGCGAUGGUGAACCGGUGCCACCCGUCGCUGCUCGGCGACUACCACUCGGCGAUGCACCUGAAGCAGGAGCCGGCCGGAUAUACGCCCUCUAGUCACCCGUUCUCGAUCACGCGCCUCCUGCCGACGGAGUCGAAGGCGGACAUCAAGAUGUACGAGAUGAGCCAGUACGCCGGCUACAACGGGCUCAGCCCGCUCCCGAACUCGCACGCAGCGGCCGCCGCCCUCGGCCAGGACUCGUACUACCACCAGAGCCUCGGCUACCACCACGCGUCGACCGGCACGACCAGCUUGUGA